CCCCGUUAACGUUAACCUCAAAUUAAAAUAUAGAUAAAAUAGAUUAGAUAUAAAGUGUAGUUUCCAGUUUAUUUCCACAUUUCUAAAUAUAUUUAAAAAAUCAUGCCAUUGCUAUGGUCAAAAUUAAAAAGAAGGAGAAGACUGCAAUAUUUAAAAGUGCUUUUGGUACUAACAUAAAACUAGAUAUUUUAAUAAAGGACAGUAUUUUAAAAAUCACAGUUCUUAGGUCAGUUCAAUCUGAAAUAUGCAAAAGAGGCAUCAUUUUAGGAAUAUUAGUUGUAUGGAGUUUAUUAAGUCUCGUUUUAAAUAUUUUCAAUACAAAACUUAUAACUGCCAUUAUUAUUGGAAUAUUUUUGGAUCUGUGUAGAUUAUGUACUUCGAUAAAAGAGGAAAGUAUACUCACUAUUAGAGGUCUGGGUUUUCAGGUGACUACUAAAUAUAUAAUUGGAGUAAAGACUAUAUUCAUUCCAGAAGAACAAGUACAAAACAUUUUCAUUAAUGAAGUUAUUUUUAGAAAUAGAGUAAUAUAUGUACUAAGUUUAUUAACCAAAGACACAAUUAAUCGAGAAAACUUGAUACCAUUGUUUUUCGAAACUCUCCCAAGAUUGGCAAGUUUGAAAAUUAUCUAUAAGCAUUUGAAAGCAAUUCAGGAGCAAAAUGUAAAUCGACAAAUGAAUUAAGUAAAUAAGUUACUUUCUACUUCAGAUUUAGAGGCAAUUUUAAUAUUCUCUUAAAAGAAUUGCUAUUUACAUUGUGAAUGUUAUUAAGUGUAAUUGUGACUGAAUUAUAUUUAUAAUAAAUUGCCGAGUUUUUACGCUGAUGAAAAUUCACUAAAUAAAAGGUACCGAAAAAUAAAUC